AUGUUGUCUUCUGUUGGAAAAUUGUUUUUACUUAUAAAAGACGGCGACAUCAAGGAAAUUGAGGAGAUUAUCAAGGAGGGAGUACCUUUGAACUGUUCAGAUACCAACAAAGGAUCAGUCUUGCACUACGCAGUAUACAAAAGUAGAUCAGACGUCGUGGAACUACUACUACGAAACAAGGUUUCAACGAACGCUAAGCAUAAGAGCGGAUGGACGCCUUUACAUUACGCCGCCAAAUAUUCCAACGAUAGAAUCGUAUUUUUGCUGCUUUGGCACGGCGCGAAAUACAACGCACAAGCCGACAACGGCAAAACACCCCUGGAUUUCGCCGAAAAGACGUCCAUCAGGAAUUUGCUGCAGUUGAUAAACGAUUCCUUCGAGAGCGUACGCAAGAAGAAAAUUUCGAUAAUCGGCCGAUUGAAAAAGAUCAAAGACAAGGAUGUCGUCAAGGCCGUGGUGCGAGCUGAAGAUGAACAUGGAACAACGCUGAUAACGUCUGCCAUCAAAAACGAUUUCCCAAAAUUGGAACAGUUGGAGGAUAUACUUCAAGGGGACGUCAAAUCUCAAAUGGAAAGCAUCGACGAUUUUCUGUACCAGGAAAGGUUCCAAGAGGGAAAGGACCUAUUGAUGGAGGUUUACGAGAAAAGGAGGGAGAUCUUCGGCGAUCAUAAUCCGGCUACUUUGAGCAUCGAGAGUACAAUAGCCGCGGUGCUGUUCAAACUGCAAUUGUAUGAAGAGUCCUUGAAGUGCUCAAGGGAAAUUUGUGAGAAGCUGAAGAAUUGCUUAGGGCCCGUCCACGAGCUGGUUUUGAGGGAAAGGAGUACGAUGGCCCUAGUCUUGCAUCAGCUGGGAAGAAACGAGGAAUCCCUGAAAUUAUUCGAAGAAGUCCAUGAGAUGCAAAAGAAUCUAAUACCGCCCCAUCAUCAAGACUCUCUAAACACCAUAAAGCACAUGGCUCUGACUCUGAUGAACAUGGGUGAACUGGACAGGGCGCUGAAGAUCUACAAGGAUGCGCUCGAACUGGAGGAGAAGGAAUACGGUCUGCUUCAUUAUUGCACGUUUGUGACUAAGAAUAACAUCGCUUUGAUACUGUCCAAACAAGGGAAGAAAGACGAGGCCUUGGCUCUGUUCAAGGAAGUGUACGAAGGAAGAAAGUUAGUCUUGGGAAAAUACCACUCCGAUACCUUGAGAACCAUACACAACCAAAUAUGCGUUUACAAAGACCAAGAAAAAUACGACGAGGCUUUGGAAGCGUUCAAGAAGUUGUUGAAAAGACAGAAAGAUCACUUAGGGGCGCACCAUUUGGACACUCUCAAUACCCAAGCUGAAAUAGCGGACCUUCUCCUGAAGCAGUGUAAGUUAUUUCAUGCUUUCAAAAUCUUCAAAGAGAUCAAGGACCAUAAGAUGGCAGUGCAAGGGCCAGAUCACGCAGAUGUGAUGAUGAUCGCCAAACGUAUGGAGGUGAUAGUGGAGCACUACAAAAAAAUCGGCCUCAACAGCAACCUGGACAGUUUUUCGGAUAACCUCUUAUGCGCCAUGAACAAGGCAGCGAAGAAUGGCGACAUUGACACCAUUGAAAAACUUGUUAGGAGUGGCGUUGACGUCGGCGAAAGGGACAAGGAGGGCAGGAACUGCCUGCAUUUCGCGGUAGAUGGUAACAAUAUAGAAGUCAUCAAGGUGUUUUUGAAACACGGCGGAGAUUUGACAGAUAAAACCAACAAGGGUAACACCGCUUUGCACACGGCUUGUAAUAAGGGUUUCAAGGACGUGGCGGAGUUCCUCCUGGAGAGCGUGAAUAAGAACAAGAUGGCUUACCUGAUCAACGCCGCAACUAGAACUGGUCUGAAAACUGCGCUACACGUGGCAGCCCAACAGGGUUAUCUGGAUAUUGUUAAGCUUCUACUGAAGAAGGGCGCAGUGUAUAAUUGUGCGGAUAAAGACAAUAAAAAACCCUUGGAUCUGGCUCAGGUUCAGUCUGUUAGACUCAUCCUGGAACUCACAGGAGAGAUGUUCGCCGCUGUUGAGAAAAAAGACUACGAUAAGAUCACCAAACUUUAUACCAUCGAUAUCGACGAUUUUUUGUGUGUUGCUCACGCUAAAAAUUCCCGUAACGAAACAAUCUUGAAAUUGUUGAUUUCGAAUGGAGAACUGGAAUCUGCAAGGAAUUUGACUGCGAUGAUAAAGAAGACCAAGACUGCCGUCAGGAAUCUUUGAAUCUUCGCGAUGGGCUAGCCCACUCUUUACAUUCACCAGUUUUUCCUCUCGUAUUGAGAUAUUCGUUGAUCUCAUGUUGAGCGACAGAUUCGUAUAGAUAUAUUUGAAAUGUUUAUUGUGGAAAAACUUCUACGGUAUAAAAUAAUACCUUCAUCAACAAGGAAUUUUUUUUUUCUAAUUUUGAAAUAUAAAGUGACACUAUCUAAAUCUCAUUGACUUUUUGAAACUGAUGUUGAAAAAUACUUGCUUCCAUAGUAACGAAGUGAAAAAUUAAAUGUUGAGACCACUGGGCGAUUUAAAAGGAAUCUGCGAGGGACGCUUCUAUAGACGGUUUUGGCACUUUUUAUUUGAAUUGAUAGUCACAUUCUAUUCAAAAUUAGGAAGAAUAUUGUGUGAAGCACGUUGGGAAACACUACAAUUCGUAUUUCGCGUUCUUUUGCGCAAUUCGAUUCGGUUGUUGCAAAAUACGCACAUUACGAAAAAUAAUGUUUUUCCCAACUGGUUGCACAAAUAAUCCAAAGGUAACUUUUCCACAUUCGCAGCUUUAGUAUGUGAUAUAUUGCCAUUUGCCAAAUGUUUCGGUAAAUGUUUAAUUGAAAAGAUGUCCAAAUGUUAUAAGCAUUUAAUUCGCAUAAAAGUAUGUUGAGUUUAUAGGGCUCCCGACUUUCUGUCCGUUGAUUUGUACAAUAAGUUACCUUCUCACCUGAAAUCACUGACGGAGGAUAAAUUCAAAUGUGUUGUUAAGGAGGACUACUUUCCACGCCUGUUUUCUCCAUUGAGGAGUUUUGUUCUUGUGUUUUCGGUAUGUUUUGACUUAUUUCAAUGUGUAAAUUAUAUACCUUGAUUAUAUAUUGACGAAUGCAAACAAAAUAAUUGUAGCCAUGAAUAAAGCUAUCUAUCUAUAGAAA